AUGCAGCCUCUAAAAAAGUUGAUGGCCAUCUUAAAACCUCAGAACCUGCCUUUGCAUGAACAAAGUGAGGUCCUGAGAGCAGAUGUGCCUUGGCAGAACAAGACCAUCCCAGUAAUGGAGAUAUAUGACUCUGAGGCCUCUCGUCAAAAGUUCAGACAGUUCCAGUAUCUGAAAGUGGCUGGGCCUCAUGAAUCCCUAAGCCAACUGUGGGAACUCUGCCUUCAGUGGUUGAGACCAGAGAUUCAUACAAAGAAUCAGAUCCUAGAGUUAUUAGUACUGGAGCAGUUUCUCACAAUCCUCCCUGAAGAGGUCAGGACUUGGGUGAAAUUACAACAUCCGAAGAACAGCAAAGAAGUGGUGACUCUCAUGGAGGAUGUGAUUGAAAUGCUUAACGACACAGAUCUUCCUUGUGAGGAUUCUGUCUUCAAGAAGGAAAGCAUUAAGAUGGAGGAAAUGGUGUCUGACUCACUAACAGUCACAUCCCAGGAACCAGUGACUUUCCAAGAUGUGGUUGUGGAAUUCAGUGAGGAAGAGUGGGGAAAACUGGACCCUGAUGUAAAAAACCUGUACAAGGAUGUAAUUCUGGAGAACUACAGAAACCUGAAUGCAUUGCAAAAAGGACAUCUACUUUCCAAACCAGUUGAGGUUUCCAAGUUGGAGAGUAAGAAAAACCCACAGAUAACAGGGGGAGAAAUCCCAAGGAGGACUGUUUUGGGCAAAGAAACUUGUGCAGAAAACCAAAAUUCAGUUCCAAAGCAGAGGAUUUCUGGAGAAGAAUCAUUCCAUGAAGUAUUUUUGACAAGUAGACUCUCUUCCUUAGAUUCCUGGAAAGGUGAUGGUCCAUUCUAUAGAAACCAGCAAAAUCUGGAUAUGUGUUUGCCACAACUGACUUUCAUUGAUAAAGCACUCCACACUGAGGAGAGAGACGUUAAAUGUGCUGAAUAUGAGAAAAACGUUAAUGUUAAGUCAGAUAAUUCAAUUUGUGAUAUACAACAGGGAAUUCCUAUGAGAGAGGGAUCCCCGAAGUGUGAUAAAUUUAAAAUUAACUUCAAAUUUAAUUUAUAUUCAGUAGGUAGGCAACAUUCAGGAUAUAAUAAAUAUGGGACAACCUUGAACCAGAGUACAGAUAUUAUUCAACACCAGGAAACUCAUACCUAUGUAUGUAAUCAAUGUGGGAAAGCCUUCAGCCGGAGCUCAUCCCUUAUUCGACAUCAGAUAAUUCACACAGGAGAAAAACCAUAUAAAUGCAGUGAGUGUGGGAAAUUUUUCAACCGACAAACAAACCUUAACAAACAUCAGAAAAUUCAUACUGAAGCAAAAAUCUAUGAAAAUAGUAGAUGCGGAAGCACCUUUAGUAAUGAAGGCAGUAAUAAAAACCCAGUACUCCAUUCUAGUGAUAACCUCUAUGAAUGUGUUGACUGUGGAAAAUCCUUCACCCGGAGCUCCUCCCUUAUUCGACAUCAAAUGAUUCAUACAGGAGAAAAACCAUUCAAAUGUAAGGAAUGUUUGAAAACCUUCAACCGGAGCUCAAACCUUAUUAAACACCAAAAACUUCAUACUCAAAAGAACAACUAUAAAAGGAAGAAAUGCAAAAUUGCUUCCAGUUAG